CUUGAAUUACUCGUACAUGUACAUUUUACUGAGUUUCUGAGAAAUGCUAACCACUUCAUUCUCUUAGAUUUUUCUUAUUUUUUGAGAGAGAUGGGAUAUUUUGGGUUUUCAGUGCACCUUGUCUGCAGCUUACUGUUUUUGCAUCUCGCAGUAGAGCUGUGCUAUGGCGACGUCAGCUAUUCUUUUCCCGAGGAAAUGAAACGCGGAUCAGUGAUUGGAAACAUAGCCAAGGACCUUGGGCUUCAAAUAAGCAGUCUUUUACCUCGGAAGGCUAGGAUUAUUCUCGAAGGAAACCGUAAACGUUACAGCGAGUUAAACGUUGGUACUGGAGAACUGGUCAUUGCUGAUAGAAUUGAUCGAGAGGAGCUAUGCGGAGCGAAGGUUUCUUGUAAUUUAAAAUGUGAACUGGUACUCGAAGAUCCACUCGAAUCGCACAGGAUAUCUUUGCAAAUUCAGGAUGUGAAUGACAAUCCACCAGUUUUUGUUAAGGAUGUCGUUAAAUUGGAAAUAGGUGAAUCGGCUCCUAAAGGUUCUCGCUACAGAAUAAAUGCUGCACGCGAUGCAGACAUUGGACAAAACGCUGUUCAGAAUUAUAUUUUACAAAGAAACAAUUAUUUUUCUCUGACUGUACAAACAAAUUCCGUUGGUACAAAAUACAGCGAGUUGAUUUUAGAUAGGGAAUUAGAUCGCGAAGAACAGCAAGAUGUGGCUUUUUUGCUGACAGCCGUUGAUGGUGGUAAUCCUCAGAGAUCAGGAACCGCAGUCAUAAAAAUCACUAUACUGGAUGCUAAUGAUAACGCCCCAGUUUUCAGGCAGCCCAUCUAUGAGGUUACGCUUCCUGAAAACUCACCUAUAGAUACAGUAGUUGCAACGGUGAGUGCUAUAGAUGCAGAUGAAGGCGUUAAUGGCAAAGUAACAUACGAAUUCAGCGGAAUAACUGAUAUAGCAAAGGAGUUAUUUUCUUUAAAUGAAAAUACUGGAGAAAUUACAGUAGCCAAAAAUGUUGACUAUGAAGAAGAAUCAAAAUUUGAACUGCUAAUUGAGGGGAAAGAUGGUUACGGGCUUUCCACGGAAACAAAAGUUGUAAUAGAUAUAACUGACGCGAAUGACAAUGCCCCAGUCAUCCAUAUCAAUUCAUUGGCAAACCCAAUACCGGAGAGCGUGUCACCUGGUGCAGAGGUGGGCAUCAUUCAUGUGCAAGAUGCAGAUUCGGGGAAAAAUCAACAGGUUCGGAGCUCCAUCCAGCAGGGUGUCCCCUUUAAGUUGGUUCCUUCUAUUAAAAACUAUUAUUCUCUGGUGACCACAGGACAACUGGACCGUGAAAUAGUGUCUGAUUACAACAUUACAAUCACAGCCACUGACGAGGGCUCUCCACCUCUGUCCUCCUCUAAAACUGUUCACUUAUCUGUAGCUGACAUCAACGACAACCCACCUGUGUUUGAGGAACAGUCGUACAGCGCAUAUGUGAGUGAAAAUAACAAACCUGGCUCCACUUUAUGUUCCGUUAAUGCUCGAGACCCCGACUGGAGACAAAACGGUACAGUGAUUUAUUCUCUGUUACCUGGUGAUGUGAACGGUGCUCCCGUGUCUUCCUAUUUGUCUGUGAACGGAGACACGGGGGUGAUCCACGCUGUGAGGUCGUUUGAUUAUGAACAGUUCAGGAGUUUUAAAGUCCACGUGAUGGCCAGAGACAACGGUUCUCCUCCUCUCAGCAGCAACGUGACCGUGAGUGUGUUCAUCUCGGAUGUGAACGACAACUCUCCUCAGAUCCUGUACCCCUCCCCGGAGGGCAACUCUUUCAUGACUGAGCUUGUCCCCAAAGCUGCACACGGAGGCUCUCUGGUGUCCAAAGUGAUAGCGGUGGACGCGGACUCCGGACAGAACGCCUGGCUGUCCUAUCAUAUAGUCAAAUCCACUGAUCCGGGACUUUUUACUAUUGGUCUCCACAGCGGAGAGAUCAGGACACAGCGGGACAUUUCUGAAUCUGACAGCAUGAAACAGAACCUGAUAGUGUCAGUGAAAGAUAACGGACAGCCCUCUCUGUCUGCUACCUGUUCCAUGUAUUUACUGAUUUCUGACAACUUGGCUGAGGUGCCAGAACUGAAAGAUCUGUCUCAUAGUGACAAUUCCAAACUGACCUCUUAUCUGAUCAUAACGCUGGUGUCUGUGUCCACCUUUUUUCUGACCUUCAUCAUCAUCAUCUUGGGUUUGAGGUUUUGUCGCAGGAGAAAGCCCAGACUGUUGUUUGACGGAGCAGUUGCCAUCCCCAGCGGUUAUCUCCCACCUAAUUACGCAGACGUUGACGGCACAGGAACUUUACGCAGCACUUACAAUUAUGACGCGUACCUGACAACAGGUUCUAGAACCAGUGACUUUAAGUUUGUGACAUCAUACAAUGACAACACGUUUCCUGCUGACCAGACUCUGAAGAAAAGUCCAUCAGACUUUGCUGAAGCUUUCGGAGAGUCUUUCGACCCCCUCGAGAUUAAACGAGGCACGGUUGUUGGAAAUGUAGCGAAAGACAUAGGACUUGAGAUCGGAAAACUGGCUGCUCGAAAGGCUCGUAUUGAUGUCGACGGGAACAGCAAAGGGUAUUUCGAUAUUCAUGCGAUACCAGAAAAUUCGCCACCUGGUACAGAGGUUGGCAUCAUUAACGUGCAGGACAGAGACGCUGAGAGUAACGGACAGGUCCGCACCUUCAUCCAGCAGGGUGUCCCCUUUAAGUUGGUUCUUUCUAUUAAAAACUAUUAUUCUCUGGUGACCACAGGACAACUGGACCGUGAACUAGUGCCUGAUUACAACAUUACAAUCACAGCCACUGACGAGGGCUCUCCACCUCUGUCCUCCUCUAAAACUGUCCAAUUAUCUUUAGCUGAUAUAAAUGACAACCCACCUGUGUUCGAGGGACAGUCGUACAGUGCAUAUGUGAGUGAAAAUAACAAACCUGGCUCCACUUUAUGUUCCGUUACUGCUCGAGACCCCGACUGGAGACAAAACGGUACAGUGAUUUAUUCUCUGAUACCUGGUGAUGUGAACGGUGCCCCGGUGUCCUCCUAUCUGUCUGUGAACGGAGACACGGGGGUGAUCCACGCUGUGAGGUCGUUUGAUUAUGAACAGUUCAGGAGUUUUAAAGUCCACGUGAUGGCCAGAGACAACGGUUCUCCUCCUCUCAGCAGCAACGUGACCGUGAGUGUGUUCAUCUCGGAUGUGAACGACAACUCUCCUCAGAUCCUGUACCCCUCCCCGGAGGGCAACUCUUUCAUGACUGAGCUUGUCCCCAAAGCUGCACACGGAGGCUCUCUGGUGUCCAAAGUGAUAGCGGUGGACGCGGACUCCGGACAGAACGCCUGGCUGUCCUAUCAUAUAGUCAAAUCCACUGAUCCGGGACUUUUUACUAUUGGUCUCCACAGCGGAGAGAUCAGGACACAGCGGGACAUUUCUGAAUCUGACAGCAUGAAACAGAACCUGAUCAUAGCAGUGAAAGAUAAUGGGCAGCCCUCCCUGUCUGCUACCUGUUCCAUGUAUUUACUGAUUUCUGACAACUUGGCUGAGGUGCCAGAACUGAAGGAUCUAUCUCAUAGUGACAACAAUUCCAAACUGACCUCUUAUCUGAUCAUAACGCUGGUGUCUGUGUCCACCUUUUUUCUGACCUUCAUCAUCAUCAUCCUGGGUUUGAGGUUCUGUCGGAGGAGACAGCCCAGGCUGUUGUUUGACGGAGCAGUUGCCAUCCCCAGUGGUUAUCUCCCUCCUAAUUACACAGACGUUGAUGGCAUAGGAACUUUACGCAGCACUUACAAUUAUGAUGCCUACCUGACAACAGGUUCUAGAACCAGUGACUUUAAGUUUGUGACAACAUACAAUGACAACACGCUGCCUGCUGACCAGACUCUGAAGAAAAGUCCAUCAAACUUUGCUGAAGCUUUUGGAGAUUCUCUGGAGCCUAUAGAGCGUCCGUGGAUACCUGGCCCAUACCUGUUGUUUGCCCGGAUUGGUUUGGCCAGCUUCGCCGCCCCUGUCAUCCUCGCCCCCGGCAGCGCGGAGUGA